GGGAGGGCCGGAGUGUGAGGGCCGGAGUGUGAGGGCCGGAGUGUGAGGGCCGGAGUGUGAGGGCCGGAGUGUGAGGGCAGGAGUGUGAGGGCAGGAGUGUGAGGGCAGGAGUGUGAGGGCAGGAGUGUGAGGGCCGGAGUGUGAGGGCCGGAGUGUGAGGGCCGGCCGUAACGGGACGUCCUGCCUGUUCAUUAAUGAUCAGUUGAGUGUCUUGGCUCAGUCUCUCUCAGCGGCUCAGACGACACACAAUGUCCACAGGCAACGACUACGAGCUCACGAGUCCAGGACGAGCCAAUGGAGUCGAGAACCAGGCGUUUGAGGAUGAUGGGAUUUAUGAAGACACUCUGCCCACUGCAGGUGGAGAACAGAAGAAACAGAAAACACAGAACAGGUUUAAGUCGUACGUGAGAAAAGUUUCCAGGCCUCUUAAUGCGACAGAGGAUUAUGUCAAGGCUCAUUCACAAACCUUCAAAUAUGUAACUCUGGGCGUCCUGGGAGCAGGUUACGUGGCGUACUUCAUCGCGGCGUGCGUGCUGGACCUGCAGAGGGCCACAGCUCUGGUCGUUCUCACGUGUUUGGUGGUGGUCACAAAGUCUCUGGGCCUUCUGUACGAAUACAAGGGAAAAAGUAUCCGGAGCUGCUUUGAGCCUGUGGUGACCUGUUUCCGCUCCAACUUCAGAUGGAUCAAAUGGGUCUUCAUCGUGCUGGUGCUCGUGCUGCUGUUGGUGUGGUUGGUCGUAGACACCAGACAUCGCCCGGAGCAGCUGGUGUCGUUCGGGGGCGUCUGCAUGUUUGUCGUGGUCCUUUUCCUCUGCUCGACUCACAGGACGGCGGUGAAGUGGAGACCUGUGUUCUGGGGUCUGGGGAUGCAGUUCUGUAUCGGGCUGUUUGUCAUCAGGACUCACCCCGGCCUGGUCGCGUUCAGAUGGCUCGGAGACCAAGUGAAGAUCUUCUUGGAUUACACCAAAGCAGGUUCAUCGUUCGUCUUUGGAGAAAACCUCACAGCCAAUGUUUUUGCCUUUCAAGCUUUGCCCAUCAUCGUCUUCUUCAGCAGUGUCAUGUCCAUCCUUUACUUUCUGGGCAUCAUGCAGUGGCUCAUCCUCAAGAUCUCGUGGGUGAUGCAGGUGACGAUGGGGACGUCCCCCACAGAGACUCUGAGCGUCGCUGGAAACAUAUUUGUCGGGCAGACCGAGGCUCCGUUGUUGAUCCGUCCGUAUUUAAAGGACAUGACUAAGUCUGAGAUCCACGCCGUGAUGGUCGGGGGCUUCGCCACCAUCGCCGGGAGCGUCAUGGGGGCGUUUAUUUCAUUUGGGAUCGACGCCUCCGCCCUGAUCUCCGCCUCCGUCAUGGCGGCUCCUUGUGCGCUCGCCAUCUCCAAACUGUCGUACCCCGAGACAGAGGAGAGCGUUUUCAAAUCUGACAAGAACAUCCAGGUGGACUGUGGUAACGAGCAGAACAUUCUGGAGGCGGCGAGCAGCGGCGCGUCGGCGUCCAUCGGCCUCUGCGCCAACAUCGCCGCCAACCUCAUCGCCUUCCUCGCCAUUCUGGACUUCAUCAACAAAGCACUUCAGUGGCUCGGAGGAAUGGUCGGGUACCCCACCCUCACAUUUGAGCUCAUUUGCUCGUACGUCUUCAUGCCCGUCGCUUUUAUGAUGGGCGUUCCGUAUAAAGAAAGCUUCAUGGUGGCUCAGCUUCUCGGGACGAAGCUUUUUCUCAACGAGUUUGUGGCGUAUGAGAAAUUAUCUGAACUUAAACUGAAUCGUAUCAAUGGACUGGACUCUGUGGUGGACGGGCAGCUCCAGUGGAUUUCGGUUCGAUCUGAAACGAUAACGACGUACGCGCUCUGUGGCUUCGCAAACUUCAGUUCUUUGGGGAUUGUGAUCGGGGGCCUCUCUUCCAUCUGCCCGACCAGAAGAAGUGACAUCUCCACCAUCGUUUUGAGGGCCAUGCUCACGGGAACCUGCGUGUCGAUGGUGAACGCGUGUAUAGCAGGGAUCCUGUUUGUUCCUCCUCUCGACUGUGUCAGUGUUUUUCAGAAUAACGUCUUUAAUGUGACAAACGGCGAGGUCGGCAGCUGCUGUGGAGAACUCUUUAAAAGCACUGUCAAUAACGGGAACCUCAGCUUCAGUGGGAUCUGGGGUAACGUCCAGAACGCCACGCUCUAUUUCUCUGAAUGCUGUCGCUGUUGUAGCGUUUCAUUUGAGACUCUUUGUUUGUGAUGAAAUAUAUUUAUGAUUCUGUUCUGUUUAUGUACAUUUAAAACACACUCAUCUGCGUUAUGACACGUAUGUUCUAAGUGUUUUUGUUUUAUUUUUGUAAAGAAUGAACACUUUAAAGUUAAAGAAAUGACACUUUUAUUAAAAAAAACAUGUUCUUGUCACUCAUUC